AUGCAUUUCUCUACUAUUGUCGUUGGCCUGCUGGCCGAGAUCGUCGCCUCGGCGUCCUAUAACAUCCCUGUCGAGAUGGCUGUUGCCGAUACCUGCGCAAUGCCUUCCGAAUACACCAUCACCAACUUUGUCACAUUCGGAGACAAGCUGAACGGCACACUCAACACCACAUCAUUCCACUUCGCCGACUCGGAGACCGGUAUCGACACAUCCUGCACAAAGAACUCGACAUCGGCCACCUCGAGCCCGAACGGUGGCACUGCGCGAUACUACUGUGACGACGCAACUGUAGAGUUCAUCUGGCAGACGACCGGAAUUGCUGGCCUGACCGUCAUCGAAAAGGCUUGCCCUGAAAACGGUUCGUCCAAGUAUGAGGUCUCCGGUCUCUCCCAGUUCAACCUGACAUGCACAACCACCUACGACGGCACGCUCUGCUCCUCGAGCCAAACGACCACGGGCGAGUUCACCAGCCUGAACCCGGUCACGGAGACGUCCUAAGAUAUGCGAUAGAGCCACUACGGGGACUGUGUAGGAUGAAGAGACGGAAGACUUGGAGGGACUGGCCAUAUCAUAUCAGGACGAUGAAUAGCCCACGGCGUUGGCGCACAUUGCUCUCACGAGAGUCGCCACGAGUACCUUGCACACAGAUGAAAAUAUAUAUCUGAGAAACGGAGAAAUAAUGUCUAGUCAAUCCAAGUACAUAAGAUCAAAAUGCCUUGAAGCCAUAGAGCCAGUGCCCAUCAUAAACAAGUUUUAGGUAUAGGCGAAGACGUUGAGGAUUUUCCAGAUGGUGGCGCUCAGGGC